AUGACGGCAGCGAACAAACGACAACGCUUGGUUGGCCAAUUGAGUACCCAUAUCCCAAGUGGUUUAACUCGUCAGCCAUCCCACGGCCCUAGCACCCCUAAGAUACCUACACCUGUACCAGCUACUAGAGCAAUAAGUACUGGCCCACGUUCACAAAUUAGGCCUGGUCCAAAAAAAUCCAUAAAUCCAACGAGUAAACAUUCUGGAAUCACGCGGAAGCUCAAAAAGAGCAGCCUUAGUCGUGUUAAACGGACAAGCAACAAAAAUUCGCCAUCUUCAACGAAUGAUAGUGAGCUAAGCGAUGCAGAUUCUGGCUCUGUUGACGAUGAAGAUGAAACGCAGCUCCCAAAACGCAAUCAUGAAAAUGAGGCAGACGAAGAAUUGGUUGAAAUGGAAGAUGAUGAUGGAGCCGAUGACCGCAAAUACUGCACCUGUCAAAGUGUUAGUUACGGAGAUAUGGUGGCUUGUGAUAACCCCGGAUGUGAAUUUGAGUGGUUUCAUUGGUCUUGUGUUGGAUUGAAGAGUGAGCCUCUAGGGACAUGGAUUUGUGCUGCCUGUAGAGCUGCUGGAUUUAAGACAUAA